GGGCGUGUUGUCACUCACUAUCCGGGCAAGCCAAGUGAGAGAUUAUUGAGAUGAUGAUGUUCCGGACCUACUGGUCCGGAUGGCCACCAGCUGCAACGAUAGAGCGCCACCUGCUGUCCCAAGAAGACAGUGUGGCGCAUUGUCUUGGGGGUUCACUGUCUGGCAGUGAGUCAGCACGUGAGGAGGAGGCCUGUAACGCAGUGCAGAGCAUCACCAAAUGGAUCAAUUCCGUGGAUUAUUCGUUAAACUGGACCGCAACCAAGAUGGUUUCAUCUCGUUGUCGGAGCUGCACAGUGAAAUGAGCAAGCAUGGCAUCUCUGCGGCAGAGGCUAAGGUGCAGAAUGUCAUUGACUCCUAUGAUAACGACAACAACGGCCAACUGGAUUAUGAUGAGUUUCUCAGCUACAUGAUGGACCGCGAGAGGAAAUGGAAGAUUUGCUUUGACCACCUGGACAAGAACAAGAGUGGGCUGAUUGACCAGGAGGACAUCAUAUGUUUGUUUAAGGAGUUAGGAGUGGUCAUUUCAAAGGCCCAUGCCAAUAAAGUAAUACAAAUGAUGGACACGGACGGCUCUAUGACGGUGGACUGGGACGAGUUCCUGCAGCACGUCAUCCUCAAACCUGUGGAUGACAUUGGCGAGCUGGUGUCGUCAUGGAAACACAGUCUGGUUUUCGACGUGGGCGAGAGCCGAGCGCUGGCCAUCGAGUUUCCCGAAGAGAGUUCCGGCAUCGGUGCAUGGAGGAAGUUUGUACUCGGUGCUGGUUUGGCUGAUGCGGUUUCCCGGACAGUGACGGCUCCCAUCGACCGCCUCAAGACCCAGCUGCAGUUCUAUGGAUCCAAGGCUUUCACUCGUGGCUUGCAGGAGCUUCGCUUCGGCAACCUUCGUUCCAUGUGGCAGGGCAACGCCGUCAAUGUCCUGAAGGGGACGCCGCAGUCCACACUUCAGUGUCUCAUCUACGCUCAGAUGAAGGUGUCCAUGCAGGGCAGAAGUCAGGGGAGUCUGAGUGUCCAGCAGCGCUUUGGCUUGGGUUGCAUAUCCGGUGCUGUGGCUCAUGCUGUCUUUUACCCUCUGGAGGUGUUGAAGGUGCGGCUAAACCUGCAGCGGGUGGGCACCUACCACGGCAUGGUAGCCUGCGCCCGCUCCAUCUACCGGGAUGAGUCCUUGUCCUCGUUUUAUCGAGGAUUUAAGCCCAGCAUCAUCUGUAUGAUCCCGUACGCAGGCGUGGAAUGUGCGGUACAUCAGUCGAUCAUGACCUGGGCCCAGAGCGAUCCAGCUUACAGUACCGACUGCGGGCUCUUCUUCUUCAGUUUUGUGGCCUUUGCUUGUGGACAAAUGAGCAGCUACCCUCUGGCAGUGAUAAGAACACAGCAGCAGGCGCAAGCUGUCUGCUUCGGUUCUCACGCCACAUCGUCAGGCGUCCUAGAAGGACUUGUCAGGAUAUACGAAAGACAUGGACUGCGGGGGUACUACAACGGGAUGGGGGCCAGCUUCGUCCGGGCCGUUCCAUGCGCCCUAAUGAACUUCACCUUAUGCAGAAUGUUUCAAAACCUGUUUUCCUCCAUGGGCACAUGAGGUUUGGCAGAGGCGUUUAAUUGAGUCAGCAGAAACAAAUAUGCAAAUUUUGCCCUGUAUUAACAACUGUUCCAAGCAAUAAAAAAAGUGUCAUUAUUGCUAAGAUCAUCCACAUUGGGUGGUCUGACUACUGCACAUCUGAAACACUUGUUUUGUUGUUUUCCCCACAAGCAAAUGAUUGUUGUUGUUAAAUGUGUGUAAAAUAUGUGUAAUGUAAAGACGUACCAUUGAACAGGUCUCCACUGUGUGGAGAGAGUAUUUUCA